AUGCCGGAGAAGGUGCACACCUACUUUGGUGCCUUGGAAGACCAGUCCUCCAAGAAGGCUCCCAAGGCUAUACCGGAACCUACGUUAGCCGAGGACGUGGGCCGCAAAAAGAGACGCAACAAGAAGCGGAAGCGCGAUGAGCCCACCGAGGAAGCCCAGGCACACCCCAACAAUGUGCCAGCACGAACAGAGGAACGUGUCAAGGAUCUCCCACCGGCUGUGAAUGAACCAAUUACAGUACCUAGUGUGAGCAAGGAACCCGAACUCGAAGCCUCGCUCGACCAGACCUCCGCCCCGAAACAAAAACCGAAGGCAAGACCUCCCAAGUCCUUCACCGACACGAAGACCAACUUUACCUCCCUCCGCGAGAAAGCAAAUUCCCUUUACGAACUCCGCAAGAAACUCCCCAUCUUCGGUCACGCCGACGAGAUCCGACAAAGGCUCCGCGAGCAAGAUGUUAUGCUCUUGGUCGGUGAAACAGGUUCCGGAAAGAGUACCCAGAUCCCGCAGUUCCUGGUGAACGAGUUCUGGUGCCGACCGACGCCCGCGAAGGUCCGGCAAGAAGAUGGGUCCGAGAAAUCCAUCACAGUCGGUGGAUGCAUUGCGAUCACGCAGCCGCGUCGUGUCGCGGCGAUUUCGCUGGCACGCCGUGUGGCUGAGGAAAUGGGCACACCGCUUGGGUCUUCGUCGCCUGCGAGCAAGGUUGGCUACUCAGUCCGAUUUGAUACAUCUACAUCGCCUAGCACGCGAGUCAAGUUCUUGACUGAGGGAAUGCUGCUUCAAGAGAUGUUGCAUGAUCCUUGGUUGACCAAGUACAGUGCGGUUGUAGUGGAUGAAGUACACGAGCGUGGUAUCAAUGUUGAUCUUGUCGCGGGUUUCCUACGAAACUUGGUAUCUGGAAAGCGUGAGGGACGGGGUGGGGUGCCACUCAAAGUGGUGGUCAUGAGUGCUACGGCUGAUAUGGAGAGUCUGAUGGGGUUCUUCCAGGAGGGAUUCAAAGAGCAGGAGCAGGAGCAGAAGCAAAUAUCAAACGGGACUACAAACGGGACUACAAACGGGACUUCAAACGGGACUUCAAACGGCAAGAGCUCGGAGCAAGGAUCCAGGGCGAUUACGGCUUGUCACAUCAAGGGUCGACAAUUCCCUGUCAAGACGAUCUACUCACCCGAGCCUGUCCACGACUUUGUGGAUGCGGCCCUGAAGAUCAUCUUCCAGAUCCACUACAAGGAGCCCAUGCCCGGCGAUAUCCUGGUGUUCCUCACGGGUCAAGAGACUGUGGAGAACCUGGAGAACCUGGUCAACGAGUACGCCAUCGGCAUGGACCCGUCAUUACCCAAGAUCCUAGUCCUACCUCUGUUCGCAGCCCUCCCUCAAGCUGCUCAGCAACGAGUCUUUGCCCCUGCACCACCGCGCACCCGCAAAGUCAUCCUCGCUACGAAUAUUGCUGAAACCUCAGUUACAGUGUCUGGCGUUCGGUAUGUGGUGGACUGCGGCAAGGCGAAGGUCAAGCAAUUCCGCACCCGCCUCGGAUUAGACUCGCUCCUGGUAAAGCCCAUUUCUAAGUCUGCUGCUAUCCAGCGGAAGGGUCGUGCUGGUCGUGAGGCCGCCGGUCAAUGCUUCCGGUUAUAUACGGAGAAGGACUACUUGGCUCUUGAUGAAGCGAACACCCCAGAGAUUCUCCGCUGCGAUCUCACCCAGGCUCUGCUGAAUAUGAAGGCCCGUGGCGUAGACGAUAUCGUGCGAUUCCCGUUCUUGACUCGACCACCGCGCGAGGCCCUCGAGAAGGCCCUGCUGCAGCUAUUUAAUAUCGACGCGCUUCAAGACGAUGGCGGCAUUAGUGAUAUUGGUCUUCACCUCGCGAAACUCCCCCUUUCACCAACCCUCGGACGAGUGCUAUUGGCUGCCUCGGAGAAUGGGUAUGACUGUUUACUGGACGUCAUCGACAUUAUCUCCUGCCUGAGCGUGGAGAAUAUCUUCCUCAACACGACCUCCGAGGAAAAAAAGGAAGCGGCUGAGACGGCCCGACGGGAUCUCUACCGGCGCGAAGGCGAUCAUCUCACAAUGCUGUCCACCGUCCGGGCGUAUGCUGGCGAGAACGUGGACCGCAAGGUGUGGGCCGAGCGACAUCUGGUAUCCCAUAGGGCGAUGCAGUCCGUAAUGGACGUCCGUAAACAACUCCGGGCCCAAUGCCGACAAUCUAAAAUGCUGCCUCGCGAAGAGCAAAACGGCCACUAUCCCGACCCGUCUCCGGAUCUCAUUCUCCAAAGCUUCUUGGCCGGUUUCGCGACCAACACCGCUCGACUGGUCCCCGAUGGCAGUUACCGCACGAUCGUUGGGAACCAGACGGUCGCUAUUCACCCGUCGAGUGUGCUAUUUGGCAAGAAGGUGGAGGCGAUUUUGUAUAAUGAGUUUGUGUUUACGAAUCGUAGUUAUGCACGGGGGGUGAGUGCGGUGCAGAUGGAUUGGGUGGGCGAGGCCUUGGCUGGGAGGUAG